AUGGACAUCAGCGCAGAUUGCAGCCAGAUCAGGGUCACGGAUCCAGACGUGGAUUUUGAUAGCAGCCCAGGCCAGGACAUCACCAUGGCCCAGGGGUCACAACCCCCGCCCGCCCCGCCCUGGGUUGGUCCCAGCCACCGGAGGUCCCUGCGCAGCACGGCGGCGGGCUCCACGUGGGAGGACGAGGAGGAAGACUUGAACAACAACGUGCAAGGCUUGGUCCAUGACCUGAGAAUUCGGGUCUUCCCAGAGGAGAGGGAAGAGCACCACCACAAUGGCCACCAGUACCAUCACCGCGGCCGCUACCGCCACCGCCGCAUCUUCAGGCGAGGGCCCCCACACCCACCUGUGCGGCGGCAGCUCUAUCCCGAUGCCCGCGUGCGCUCCCCGCCUCGCCCCACGCCACAGGUCUUCAGCUGCCCGCAGUGCCGAAGGACUUUUCCAAGUCGCAGCUUUCGCCCCAAUUUGCAGCUGGCCAACAUGGUCCAUAUAAUCCGCCAGAUUUGCCGUACACCGUGA